GGGGCCACGUGACUCGCCAAAGAUGGCGGCGCCCAGUGAGGUGGCGUGAAAGUUGUGGAAAGUCGGCAUCGCAGGGUUCGUGAGUCAGAACCGAGGGGGACCCGGGAGCCAUGUCGCGACUGAUCGUGAAGAACCUCCCUAAUGGGAUGAAGGAGGAGCGAUUCCGGCAGCUAUUUGCCGCCUUCGGCACACUGACCGACUGCAGCCUCAAGUUCACCAAAGAUGGCAAGUUCCGCAAGUUCGGCUUUAUAGGCUUCAAGUCGGAGGAGGAGGCCCAGGCGGCCCUGAGCCAUUUCAACCGGAGUUUUAUUGACACGUCCCGGAUCACAGUGGAAUUCUGCAAGUCCUUUGGAGACCCAACAAAACCCCGAGCCUGGAGCAAACAUGCCCAGAAGCCAGGCCAGCCCAAGCAGCCAUCUCAAGGGUCCGUUCCCUCAGACACUAAAAAAGAUGACAAGAAGAAAAAGGUGCCCAGUGACCUGGCGAAGCUGAAGGAAGAUGCCGAGUUCCAGGAGUUCCUGUCCAUUCACCAGAAGAGGACCCAGGUGGCCACGUGGGCCAACGACGCUUUGGACACUGAGCUCCCAAGAGCAAAAACCAAGCCAACAAGUGACUAUCUGAACUUUGACUCCGACUCUGACUCGGGGCAGGAGAGUGAGGAGGAGCUGGCUGGAGAGGAGCCUGAAGAGGAACAAGGCCUGCAGCCAAAGGCGGCCACACAGAGGGAGCUGUCCGACAUGGACUACCUGAAAUCCAAGAUGGUGCGGGCCGAGGAGUCCUCCGCGGACGAGGAUGAAGAGGACAGUGAAGAUGAGGCGGUGAACUGUGAAGAAGGCAGUGAGGCUGAGGAAGAGGACGGCUCCCCUGCGUCCCCAGCCCAGCAGGAGAGUGGGAGCCGGGGAGCCGUGCCCGGGAGCCGGAGACCUCAGGACGCCGCUGGCAAGUUUCACCAUGUCCCUCUGUACCUGGAAUGGGCUCCAAUUGGUGUCUUUGGCGCAGCCCCCCAGAAGAAAGAUUCCCAACCUGCACAGACUGCAGAGAAAGCCGAGGCAGAGCCAGAGACGGGACUCGACCCAGAAGGUGAAAAGGCCUCAGGGGAAGGAGCAGAGGCCCCCACAGGCAAGACGGAAGAGGAGGAGGAAGAGGAAGAUGAGGAGGAGGAGGAAAGUGUCCCAGGAUGCACUUUGUUUAUUAAGAACCUCAACUUCAGCACCACAGAGGAGACACUGAAGGAAGUGUUUUCCAAAGUGGGGGCUGUGAAGAGCUGCACCGUGUCCAAGAAGCAGAAUAAAGCAGGAGUGCUACUUUCAAUGGGGUUUGGGUUUGUGGAAUACAAGAAGCCGGAGCAGGCCCAGAAAGCCCUCAAGCAGCUCCAGGGUCACGUCGUGGACGGCCAUAAACUGGAAGUGCGGAUCUCCGAACGGGCCACUAAGCCUGCCUUGACAUCCACUCGUAAGAAACAGGUCUCCAAGAAGCAGACGACCUCAAAGAUUCUGGUGCGGAAUAUCCCCUUCCAGGCCAACCAGAGGGAGAUCCGGGAGCUUUUCAGCACCUUUGGGGAACUGAAGACCGUGCGCCUGCCAAAGAAGAUGACGGGGACAGGCGCACACAGGGGCUUCGGCUUUGUGGACUUCGUCACCAAGCAGGACGCAAAGAAAGCCUUCAACGCGCUCUGUCACAGCACCCACUUGUAUGGCCGCAGGCUGGUUCUGGAAUGGGCAGACUCAGAGGUGACGGUGCAGGCCCUGCGGAGGAAGACAGCCAGGCACUUCCAAGAGCCCCCAAAGAAAAAGCGGUCUGCAGUGUUGGAUGGGAUCCUGGAGCAGCUGGAAGAUGGGGACGACGAUGGUGACAGUGAGCAAGCUCUUCAGCUGUGAGCUAGCACCUCCAGGGUGUGUGGCUGGCCAGGGUGU